AAAUAUUGUGGGCCGACCGUGUCACAUUUGUUGUUUUCGAGGAACGGAAAACGUCAGACGACAUCUUUACAUUCGGUUGCACUCCCAAAAAUGAUCAAAAAAGUAAUCAGAGCGAUAAACAUUUUUCUACAGUAGUUAAUUAUUUGACGCGAUAGACAAGCAGGGUUUUUUGGACUUGCUCUGAUAUUGAGGAUCGUAUUUAAGCUGUCUUGAAGAUGGCGAGUCAAUACCAGCGCUCGGUACCGCUGGAGGUGAGGAGAGCGGAAGGAGAGCGCGUCCGGGCCAAGCAUCCUGACAAGAUACCGAUCAUUGUGGAGAGGGCCCAGAGGUCACGAGCUCCUGACCUGGAUAAGAAGAAAUACUUGGUGCCCUCAGAUUUAACAGUGGGCCAGUUGUGUUUCCUAAUCCGGCAGCGCGUGUCAUUGAGACCAGAGGAGGCGCUCUUCUUCUUUGUCAACAACUCCAUGCCCCCCUCCAGCUCGCCUCUGUCUGCAGUCUACGAGGAGCACCACGAAGAAGACUUAUUUCUCUACAUAACCUACAGCAACGAGAGCGUCUACGGCGCCUGAAGGGGAACACGUUGCCGACGGGAAAGAGGGGUGACGGGAGCUGCCGUCAUUAAUAUCACUACGCUGGUGUAUGAAUAAUCACGCAGGCUAAAGUUGCAGUUUCAUUUACGAUUAAAUGUUUACUUUUUUGAUUCUUUACAAGGCUGAUGAAAAAAAGUGAUGGAAAAAGAAGUUGUCCCAUGAUCUCAACCGGCGCUCUCGUCCUCUCUUACUCGUGUAUUUAAUGAACAUAGUUUUGUUUUUGUAAAUGAUGCAAUCAUGGAUUUUUUUUGUGGCAAAUAAAGACGAGAAAAGCA